GGGCCCCCCUCCUUCCACCACCGCCCCCGGCGCAGGGUGCGUGAGGCGGGGCCGGGCUGGAUGGCUGUGGCGGCUGGUCCCGGCCAGUGAGGCGGAGGGAGCGACGGGCGCCCUGAGGCGGGUGACAGGCCCAGCAGAGUCGAGGGGGUAGCGGGAGCGGCGGCCGCGGGGAAUACCAUCUUCUACCAUUAUCAGCAAGACUGGUAUGGAUAAUGAUGUGAAACAAGAUUCUAUGGGUUUAAAAAACGAUGAGGUGGAGACCAUCGAGAGAGACCAAAGAAAAAUUCUUAACUCCCUCUUAUCCGGAGCAUUGGCAGGAGCUCUUGCUAAAACUGCAGUAGCUCCUCUGGACAGAACCAAAAUCAUCUUUCAAGUGUCUUCAAAAAGAUUUUCUGCCAAGGAAGCCUUUAAGGUCAUCUACUUCACCUACCUCAAUGAAGGUUUCUUCAGCUUGUGGAGAGGCAAUUCUGCCACCAUGGUCCGUGUGAUUCCCUACGCCGCCAUCCAGUUUAGUGCCCACGAGGAGUACAAAAUAAUCCUGGGCCGUAACUAUGGCAUCAAGGGCGGCGAGACUUUGCCCCCUUGCCCAAGACUUGUUGCUGGUGCAUUAGCUGGUAUGACUGCUGCUUCUCUAACCUAUCCACUGGAUUUGGUGAGAGCCCGGAUGGCUGUCACACCCAAGGAAAUGUACAGUAACAUCUUUCAUGUCUUCAUCCGAAUGUCCCGUGAAGAAGGUCUAAAAACUUUGUACAGAGGCUUUACACCAACAAUCCUUGGAGUCGUCCCCUAUUCUGGGCUGAGUUUCUUUACCUAUGAAACACUAAAGAAAUUUCACCAUGAACACAGUGGACGAUCACAGCCAUAUCCUUUAGAGCGAAUGGUUUUUGGUGCAUGUGCUGGUCUCAUUGGCCAAUCAGCUUCCUACCCUCUAGACGUUGUACGGCGACGAAUGCAGACAGCAGGAGUAAAGGGUCAGACUUACAAUAACAUCAUACAGACCUUGCAAGAAAUUGUCAGCAAAGAGGGAUAUAUCCGUGGUUUAUACAAGGGUUUAAGCAUGAACUGGCUUAAAGGCCCAAUAGCAGUGGGAAUCAGUUUUACCACUUUUGACCUAAUGCAGAUUCUUCUUCAAAAAUUUGAUGAGAGGAAUCGCAAUUAGUAUCCUAACUCUCAACUACCCAAAUUACUUACUAAAGCACAUGUGUAUACGUAGAAAAUGAUAGUACUGUCCCCAACAUUAUUGUGAAAUGUGAUUUAAAGUUUUACUUUAUUUUUUUAAAAUAAUUGAGUUUGCCAUUCAGAAAAUAUGCACUUAAAAUUGAUCUUCUCUAAAACCAAAUUCUCUUAGAGUAGCAAGUAAUAUUUGAGCUCUGGGUAGCAUUUGUCCUCCGAUUUCUUCCCACCACCCCAAGAUUAAUGAAGAGGACUAUGCUUCUGAACUGGGUCCAGAGCACACCCAGGGAUUAGGAGGAUAUUCUAAGAUGGUCAAUGUCUGAGGGGAGUUUAGGGAAUACAAAUUAGUCUUUGGUUUUAAACAAAGUGCAGUAUUUCACUUUUUAAAGUUUGGUCAUCUACUAAAUACCUGAAUUGGGGUUAAUAUUCUUUUGAAAGGAAUAAUUUAGAGUUCUGUUAUUCAUUUUUUCAAAAUUGGUUCCCAUAAAGGGAAUGGAUUCAUCAAAGUCAAGGAUCCCAAAUGAUUUUUUAUCCAUUGUCUAGGACUUUUUGCAUUUAAUGUGUCCAUGCCUCUGAAAUAAGCAAAUGAAAUUAGAAGGUCUGUGGAACCAUCUUAAAUUUCUUCUCACAGGUUGUUGGAAGUGGGUAAAUUUAAUCCUUUUCUCCAAUGGCAUGUGAUAAGUACACUUUGAGCCCUCCCAAGUCUUGAUAAACUAUUACCAGAAAAUGUGUAGAUUCCUAUAUACCAUAUCCUUGACCCUCCUCAAAUGCUUUCAUUCUUGGUAUAUAGCAUUGUCUGGUGAGUGAGUACUGGAAACCUCCAUAUUUCCCAAGAAAUGUCAAAGCUUUUGAGAUUUUAAACAGGGAAUUUUGUAAACUUGAAAUUCAUCGGUCACAUCUUUCAUUGAAUAUAAUUGCUGCUAAGUGACCAGCUUAGAGGAUUCAGUCUCUCACCAGACAUGGCAGAUAAGGAAUGUAAAUCAUUUUUGUUGUCUUAGGAGUUCUUUCGUAAAUAUGCUUCACAGCUGCUGGGUGGAACAACCUCUGUGCUUAAGAUAGAGCAGGCUCAUCUUGAAUUUGCUCACAGAAAGUGGUAGCUUUCAAUAGAUCCCACCCUCAGUGACCCACAGUUAUUAAACUGCCACCUGAUCUCAUUCCUCAGGUGCCAUGUUUUCCCAGCUCUAAGCGGGCCAUGGAGCCUAAAGAACAAAGCCUCCCUAACAUGCCACCCUGAAGAGUUGGCAGUAUGGUGUGGCACCUUAGAAUGUCCACUGUGAUAUUUCUUGGGGAAGCUUCUGACUCAUGGUUUAGCCCCUACAUACAAACACACACAUACACACACUCACUCACACGCUCAUUAAAGGGAUGGGGAAUAUAUUCAGUUAUUCGAAGCUCAAUCUUUGAGCACAAACAGUGUGAGAGAAUGUCCCAUUUCUUGGAUGAUCCCAGACUCUCACAGUGAGGAGCCAUGUGCCCAGCUCACAUCAGAGAUAUGAAGGUGCCUGGAAAGAGACUUUCUUCUCCUGGAAAGUUGCUGCUCAGAUGGAAAGGACUGCACGUGAUAAAUCACGGGGUGCAGAGAAAGUCCUUUUCUAAUAUAGGUAUUUUUAAUAGUAGGAUUUUUUUUUAAGUCAGAAUCUAUAUCAUGACUUCAUUAGUGUAAAAUGAAGAUCAUUGCACAGUCAGUGAAAUUUGAAUGCCCUUGUGUUUGGUUCUCAUUUUAUACUCUGGACAGAAGUUGCUUUAUAGCCAAAUAGUUAAUGUGAUGAGUCCCCAUCUUCCAAUCAAGUCCCACUCAGCCCAGGACAGUCAGCUUGGAUAUUUAAGUAUUACUAUAUUGCCACAAGGUUCGAUAGCUGUACUUGCAAAGUCCCGAUGGUUAAAGUUCCUGUUACUAGGAAGAUGUCCUUGGUCAAGCAUUGAAUCCCUAGGUGGUGGUAUAGGAAUAGUGAGGAUCUCUUCUAACUGGUAUGUAAAGUGCCAUUCCCAGCCAUUCUUGAGGAUAAUGAACGCUUCUGAAAGAUAGGCCUGGAGGAAGGGGACGGUAGUCUGUUCCCACUGAGCCCCCUCUAGCCCAGCACUGUCUCAUAUGGUUCUAUGCACCUGGGAGCCAAGGCUUGUUUUUGGUGGCCCCUUUUGAAAGUCUCUUGGUUUGUGUUCGUGUCUGAGUACUGUGUUUUGACACCCCCUUCCAGUAAGACUUCCCAAAUCUGUCCUUGGAAAAAGGGAAGUACAAACGCCUGGCAUCCACGGGAUUGUGUCUCAUGUUUUAAAAUAGCGGUAGAUUAGAAAGGAGCUUAAAUUUGGCUGCAUCACCAUUUGUUGACCUGAAAUGGGAUCACAUUUGGACGAUCUCCAGAAAGUCAUUAUGGGCCCCUUUAGAAGUAUAAACUGGAAUUGAAAAAAGAUAGACUUUAGGGGAAGCCCAGGGUGUGUAUUCUCACUGAACAACAAAUUUGAAAUUCCUCCUAUGAUGCAAUAACAAUUAUAGUAGACUGCAGAAACUCAUUUUGCAAAUUUUCUUUCCAGUAAAAUUAAACAUUUCCCUGGCCCUUGCAUUUAUUGACCUGACAGCCAUUAUCAUUUUAGUCCUAUUUCCUGAAAUCGUUUAUUUGAUUGGGGUGGGAGGAAGGGGGAGAUUUUGCACAAGUUUUUGUGUAUGAAAGUAGCUGAUUUAAUAUGUAUGUGUGCAUGUGUGUGUCUUAUGCGUUUUAAAUAGAUUUAUUUUUUCUUACCCAAUGCUUGGCUUAUGGGUGUGAAGAGCCUUCUUUGUGUUCACACUUUGCAUGUGGUAUGCCUGUCCUGUAAUUUCAGUCCUGCCUCAACAGAAGGGACAGAAAUGGUUGGAAAUUCUCAUAGGAGGAGGUCUUCCCACUCCUACAAACUGCAGGCUGCAUUUUUGAAGACAAGGGCUAGCUUAUUCACACCACUUUCUUCCCACUGUUUUCCAAGCUCAAAUCAUUCUCCUGUAUUGGCCCAGCAUCUCUUCCUUUCUCUGUGACUUUGUUGUUGGAGAUUUUACUGUACUCUGGCUUCUUGUACAUUCUCUGCCAAGUACAUCAGGUUGCAGUAUCCUGUUAUUCCUCUCUCUGACAUUAGUGCUCUAGGGGAUUUUGUUACUCAGGAGGCAUGUGUCCAAAAGAGAACAGUUUUGAAACUGUUGUCUGCCCUGUUCUAUGGAAGAAAAUGCAUCAGGUAAAGGUCUAUCCUUUAAAAAGUUUACUCGAAUGAUUUUGUGCACCUUCUGAACCUGAAACACAGAAAUCAAAAGCAAGGCCCUUUCUUCCAUGAAAAUGGAGCAUUCGAGAAGAUUGUUUUUUCUUCUCAAGACUUGUCUACUCCCACAUAAACUUUCGGGAUCAGGCAUUUUCCUGGUCAGAGAUCACAAAUCAAAGGGACAGAUUUUUAGAUGGGAAUUGAGUAGUUUGGAGUUGCUAAGACCCAGGAAACACCAGCACCCCAGUGUCUUUGUCCUGCCAUGGCAGCUGCCUCCUUGUGGGAGCUUUUUAGUCUUGUGCUAAAUAUGGGUCUAGCAGUUGCUAAAGGUUUCCCAGGCCUAACCCAGCCAGACCACAAAAAUGUGAUCCUGCACAUUUGAAGCCAGGUUAACUUCCAUUUCUUUGUCCUCUGGCAGAAUUAAGCUUUAGAGGAAACUACAGUCCAUGGAGAUAUUUUCUCUAUUGGACAAUGUUUUAGGGUUCUUUGCUGAACAGUUUGAAGUGAAGGGUGAAGGAACCUGGCUACUUUAGCCUGUUUUAGGCAGCAGUCCACCCUAGAAAUCAGCUUUCCUAGAGGAAGUACAUGGACCUGAUCAAGGGGAGGUGUGGCAUUUUCUCCUUCAAUAGACAAGCUCAGAAUCCACAUCCCUUACAAUGCUCUCUCCGAACCAGUGAAUCUAACAGUGGGAGUAAGCAAGCGAAUGAGUGAGUGAACGAAGUGAGGUGCUUUAUGUGUGCAUGUGUGAAUGGCCCCUGUGAGCAAGCACUUCUGGAAAAAAGUGCAAUUUUCCAAAUUGGAUCAGACAGAAAGAUUUUGGUCCCCAAACCUUUCAAGAGCUUUAGAAUCAGCUUCUUUGGGGCCCUUUGAGCCCUAUAUGCUGCGUUUCUGAAUAACCAACUCCCUAAUGCCUGGUUCUCCCCAAAUGCUGUGUUUUGUGGGGACUUGACACUGUUGUCCACCUAGCUUGCCUAUGCACAUAACACUCAACACUGUUCAAUGCCUUUUGUAAAGAUGUGUUAUUGCUGUCCACGUGUCAAUUUUGACUGCUUUUAUUGGUCUGGAGUUCUAUUUUGAUGCAGUGAAGAUACUUUGUUUAUACAUAUAUAUAUAAUGUUUAUAUUUCAAGAUUUGUGCCAAGAGAAUAUAUUUAAUAAAAAUUAAAAUGGCUCGAUUUCCUUUCUCAGUUUUUCCUCCUCCAUCCCCACCCUUCUUGCCUAUGAAUUUGAAGUCUCUUUUUAAAUAUUUGUUGUAUUUAUUGAAUAAAGGUUUAUGUUGUCUAUUGCCAACUUUACAAAAUCA